CCCCGCUCCCCCUUUUAUCAAACCAUCGCGCCCAGAUACACUUUUUUUUUUUCUUUUUUUAUUAUAUAUAUAUAAAUCUCGUCUGUAUAAAGAAUGUCUACAUCUAACUCUCAAGGAAUCAAUACUCUUUUGGAUGCUGAACGUGAAGCCGCCAAGAUUGUCCAAAAGGCUAAGCAAUACCGUGUUCAACGUUUGAAGGAUGCUCGUUCCGAAGCUGCCAAGGAGAUUGAGGAACUCAAGGCACAAAAGAAUACCGAAUAUCAAGACUUUGUUGCACAGCAUUCGGGACAAUCAGAUCAAAGCCUUAGUGUUGUUGAUCAAGAAACCGAGCAAAAGAUUGAGGAAAUUCGUCGUGAUGCUGGUGAAAAGAAGGGUGAUGCUGUUGAGAAAAUGAUGAAGGCUAUCACAAACGUUGAAACUAAACGUCAUGAAAAUUAUCGUGUUUAAAUAAUUUUUUUUUUUUUUUAUUUUCAUGCAUUUUGAAAUAACAAAAAAAAAAAAAAAAAAAAAGUUACAUAUAUCUUUUUUGGAAUAUACACAAUAAAAAAAAAGUGGUCGAGGAUAUAUAUAUGACUACAC